GCAGUUUAAACUCUACUCUUGGCACAAUCGGAUGUCCCAUAAGCUGGAAGCAAACCAAAGGGUCCGCCAGACAUUCGAUAAUGCCACAUUCCGAGCUGAAACUGUGGGUUGUAUGUGGACUACUCCACCUGCUGACCUUUGGUGCCACCGCGGAGGAUCAGCCUAAAAACAAAACGAUAGUUAUACACACUCCUCUCCAGAACUACGAUCAACCCACUCUCCAUGACUACGAGGAAUGCCAGGAUAACAGGGACAAUUGCAUCAAUGUCUGCGCUGGCAAACGGUUGUGCGAGGACGAGUGUCCUGUUUGCCCGGAGCUGUACGACAAGCCCCUGAUGGUUCAGGGCAUUAACGACACAAACAUAGUGGACCGUUCUCAGGCCCCUAUUAAUACGACCAACAUUGUUCGGCUGACCAACGAAAUCCACAAUAUAAUCGAACACCAAAUCCAAAAUCGCAAUGAGGUCAAUGUCCAGGUGCAGCAGAAUGUCUCACAGGUGGGGGGACGUUUUGGAUUGGGCUACACUGACAAGGGAUCCUGCUGCUUUGUGGUGCGUUUGGAUCGGGACUGUGAGAAGGUGGAUGGUCGCCAUUGCAGGGAGAAAAGCAGACAGCUAGUCUGUGGCGAAAAGUGUCAGGCCAAAGUGAUGUUGGCCAGAAGAGUGGUGCAAUGUGACGCCGAAGACUCGGAUCAGUGCCACGAGACCAUCGAAUUUGUGCCCCGGAGAAAGAAAAUCCACCAGAGGAAGUCCACCGAAGCUACACCCUGUCAAUACAUAGGCAACAGGUGGCCUUAUUUCAAUUGCCGGCAAAAUCCAGGCCAAAAUGGAAAUUUCGUCCAGCCGACGAGGGUGAAACGCAAUACUUGCCAGCAGUGUCUCAAUUAUCCCUACGGGUACAUUCUGCAGUAUGGUCUGCAAGCCCAAUGUGCAGCCUGCUUCCAGGGAUACGGAUCUCCACCCAUGUACUCCAGUCCUAUUUUGAUGUACAAUCCCUACGUGGCGUAUCCAAUCAUUAACAAUUUCCCGCCCACAAACGACAACAACUAUGCAGACAACGACGACACCGAUGUAGACAAGACCAACGCAGGUUCAGAUGACGAAGGAUGGAACUUAUGUGACGGCACCCAAAAUUGCCCAAGCGCGGAGGACACCAUAGAUGCUCAGCAAGGGUCACCUGGACAUCCACCAGUCGAUGAAGAUGAAUGGGACGACUACAACGUUCCAGCCCAGCGAAGGAGACGCCGUCAAAGCCCCCGCCACUUUGCGAGAUCAUCUUACAGCACACGGAAUCGCAACUAAUCAAUGCCAGAUAAAGCCACAAACUUCCCAGAUUUUCUGCAAGCACUUUGCUUCCGCAACUAUAAGUAUUUUUCUUUAACCAGAACGUAGAUUUCUUUAGAUAACUACUACUAUGCUCGCCAUUUCUGUAUAAUAAUAUUUCCUUUACCGAAUUAAAGUGAUGUUGCAAAUUAAAAAAAUUAUUAUUUGAA